AUGGAGACAGGAGAUGUAUCGCCUCCGUCUUUUCCGUGGGAGAAGAUGGAAGAAGGGGCUGAGUCUUCCCUCAAGCAUGCAGCUGAACUUGAACGUCUGGGUUGGUCUCAUGUUGACGGGGGGGAGUGGAUCGCUCACACGGAGAGCGGAUGGCUGUGCAAUCCUAGUGAAAAGGUUUAUUUCCAUGCAGAAAGAAACAUCCUACUGCCUGCACAGCCACAAGCCGCUGCAGCUGAAGGAACGGUGGGCAGCGAAACCUUCCCUGUAGAACACCAACAGCAUGUUGAAGGGCCCCAAGGCGGUGACAAUUCAGGAGGAGAAGAGGGGGAAGAGGUGGGAGAUGAUAUACAAUCCGACGAUGAUUCCGAUUUCAUGCUGGAUCUCGAGGAUGACCUCGACGCUGCGACAGCGCAGAAAAAGUUGUGCAGAUUACGCCGCGGCGCAUCUACACAAGAACAUCUUGAGCUGCUACCGCCAGGUCUACAGGACCGUGCAGCGCAAGCGCGAAGAAGAGGCGGCGAGCCACCAGCAGCACUCGCAACAGCAGCGGCGGCGGGAGCAGCGGCCUAA